AUGAGAGUCAAUCUCUCCCACUCGCCCUCACCCACCAACUCACCUUCCCCAGCCCACUCGCCGUGUCCCGCCCACUCGCCCUACCCCAACUCGCCUUCCCCAGCCCACUCGCCUUAUUCCGCCCACUCGCCUUCUCCAGCCCACUCGCCCUCACCCACCAACUCGCCUUCCCCAGCCCACUCGCCUUAUUCCGCCCACUCGCCUUCUCCAGCCCACUCGCCCUCACCCACCAACUCGCCUUCCCCAGCCCACUCGCUUUAUUCCGCCCACUCGCCUUCUCCAGCCCACUCGCCCUCACCCACCAACUCACCUUCCCCAGCCCACUCGCCUUAUUCCGCCCACUCGCUUUCCCCCGCCCACUCGCCCUCACCCACCAACUCGCCUUCCCCAGCCCAGUCUCAGACCAUCUUGGCAGUCGAUUCACGGGCGUGGAUACAGCACGAGGCCGCCGCCUCAUGCAAAUCAGUCUGGAUCUACGCAUAG